GUGCUUCAGAGCGUUUCUUCUCACGGCGGAGGGAUACACAGUCAGAAGUCCCAAAAGUUACCCCUUAAAAAAAACAUUUUCAGACACUGCUACCCCUGCAAAUGCCCCUACAAGAAUUCAGAUUAAGCUUAAGAUGAAUUUUCUUUAUAUACGUCCUCCGUCAUAUAAAAAAAUGCUACAAUAACAUGUAAAAAACACAAUUUUCCUUACAGUGAGUCUUUACGGGGUUAUUAGGGAUAGUGAUCUGAGUAGUCCCUUACAGCCUGUUCUAAAACAAAAUUAGAUUUAUUUUAGAAGAUAAUUGUAAAGUUUUGAUCACCUCAUUUGGGAAAAAAAAAAUGCUCUCAACCUUUUUUGACUGAAGGUAAAACUGCCUUAGAGCUGGCUUUUACCUCCUGGUUAACUAUAAUAAAAAGAAUUAAAAGGGGAUUAAAAAAAAGUAGAGAAAGAGAAAAAAGAGGACAGAGGGGAAAAAAAGGAAGUGGGUGCGGAAAAGUCCAAACCAUUUACCUUAACCAUACACAGUGCUUCCUUCAGUCCUCCCUCCCUCUCCCGCUCAGCUCGUCCCCCUCCCCUCCCUCCCUCCCUCCCAUGGAUGGUGUAGCUCUCUCGCAGUCUGGUGGAGCUGCUCACAAGGAUAAGAGGGUUGCUGCGAGUGUCUGCUUCAGGAGAAACAAGCCAGCUGGACAGAACGAGAUCCAACAAGAUUUUCUUGAGGAAAAGCUUUCGCCGUUGUGGAUACUAGUUCUGAUUCUCAGCGCAGCUUCUAAGCAUCAGCUCAAGAGCCGCCUCCACCUGACGGAGGACGGUGAAGCCUGUAUGUCCUGGACUUCCAACACGGGGAGCCAUGUGAGCAGCACCCCAACUUCACUCCGGCAGCCUUCCCUCUGAAACGAGGAUUUUCUUUUCUUUUUUUUCUCUUCUCUCCCUGGAAACUGGACUUUCAGGGACUAUCUCUCCAUUGGAGGACACUCAUCUGAGGGGUCGGGCUGUGAGUGCCCCCUGGUCUGGAGGCCAGCCAGCAGCACUCCAGCACCAUGGAUUACCUGUUUGGGAUUGUAGUGCUGCUGUGUGGGGCAGUGCAGCUGGGAAGAGGAGCCGAGCCCAAGCACAAUGUGCCCAGACUAAAGCUGUCAUACAAGGAGAUGCUAGAAUCCAGUAACCUCGUCACUUUCAACGGCUUGGCCAACAGCUCGAGCUAUGACACUUUCCUGUUGGACGAAGAGCGAGGCCGACUACUGGUCGGAGCAGAGGACCACAUCUUCUCAUUUGACCUUGUCAACAUCAACAGAGACCAUAAACAGAUUGCGUGGCCUGCCACCCCCUCGAAAAGGGAUGAAUGCAAGUGGGCAGGGAAAGACCUAGGGAAAGAGUGUUCUAACUUUGUUCGGGUUCUUCAACCGUACAACCAAACCCAUAUGUACAUCUGUGGAACAGGAGCCUUCCAUCCGAUCUGCGCUUUUCUGGAAAUGGGCAAGAAGGCAGAGGACAACAUCUUUCGCCUGGCCUCCCAAUUCGAGAAUGGCCGCGGGAAAAGCCCCUACGACCCCAAAAUGCUGUCCGCCUCACUUUUGAUUGAUGGAGAGCUGUACUCUGGCACAUCUGCUGAUUUCAUGGGGAGAGACUUUGCCAUUUUCCGUACGCUUGGGGACCAUCAUCCAAUCAGAACGGAGCAGCAUGAUUCAAGAUGGCUAAAUGACCCCAGGUUCAUAGGCGUCCACUUGAUCCCUGAGAGUGACAACCCAGAAGACGACAAGAUAUUCCUGUUUUUCAAAGAGAACGCCAUGGAUGGAGAGCACACUGGGAAGGCGACCAUCGCCAGGAUAGCACAACUGUGUAAGAAUGACAUGGGGGGUCACAGGAGCCUCGUGAACAAGUGGACCACUUUUCUCAAAGCGCGGCUCAUGUGUUCGGUUCCGGGGGUCAACGGCAUUGACACACACUUUGAUGAGCUGCAGGACGUGUUUCUCAUGAGCUCCAAGGACCCCAAGAACCCGGUGAUCUACGCCGUGUUCACCACAUCCAGUAACAUAUUCAAAGGCUCAGCAGUCUGUAUGUAUAACAUGGCAGACAUCAGAAGGGUUUUUCUGGGACCCUACGCCCACAGAGAUGGACCCAACUACCAGUGGGUGCCCUUCCAGGGAAGAGUCCCCUACCCUCGCCCUGGCACUUGCCCCAGCAAGACGUUUGGAGGCUUCGACUCCACCAAAGACCUUCCAGACGAUGUCAUCACCUUCGCGAGGGGCCACCCUGCCAUGUACAACCCCGUACACCCAAUAGGGGGCCAGCCCAUCAUGGUGCGGACGGAUGUGGACUACCAGUUCACUCAGCUGGUUGUGGACAGAGUGGAGGCAGAGGACGGCCAGUACGAUGUCAUGUUUAUAGGCACAGACAUGGGAACGGUUCUGAAGGUGGUGACCAUCCCCAGGGAGAGCUGGCAUGACCUAGAGGAGGUGGUGCUGGAGGAAAUGACCGUCUUCAGGGAGCCUACACCUAUAACUGCCAUGGAACUGUCCACCAAACAGCAACAGCUGUACCUUGGCUCAGCUCUGGGUGUAUCGCAGAUGUCUCUACACCGUUGCGAGGUGUACGGGAAGGCGUGCGCCGAGUGCUGCCUGGCCAGAGAUCCUUACUGUGCUUGGGACGGGGCCGAGUGUUCGAGAUACUUUCCGACCGCCAAGAGGAGAACCCGCAGACAGGACAUCCGAAAUGGAGACCCUCUGUCUCAGUGCUCGGACCUCCAGCAUCACGACGACGUAGACGGAUUGGGAGGCAGCGUGGAGGACAGGAGUGUGUUCGGGGUGGAGAACAGCAGCAUGUUCCUGGAGUGCAGCCCCAAGUCUCAGAGAGCGCUCAUCUACUGGCAGCUGCAGAAGCCCAACGAUGAUCGCAAGCAAGAGAUCAAGUUGGACGAUCGGGUUCUGCGCACUGACCAGGGUCUGCUGAUCCGCAGCUUGACUCAGUCCGACGCGGGCGUGUACCACUGCCACGCCAUUGAGCACGGCUUCAUCCAGCCCCUGCUGCGCCUCAGCCUCCAGGUCAUUCCCACCCAGAGGCUGGCCGACAUCCUCCCUGGACUUCCCGGGGCCGGAGGAGGCUCGGGUCACUCGCCCAAACACAGGGUGUGGUACCGAGACUUCCUGUCUCUCCUCGACCACCCGGAGCUGAACAGCGUGGAGGAGUUCUGCGACAGAGUUUGGAAAAAGGAGCGCAAACAAAAGCGGGUGAAGACCUCCAACGGCAACAACCAGAGCAAACCCGACGCGUUGCGGCCUAAAGCCCCCACGGCUCAGAAGCAGCAAGCCGCUCCGCCUCCCGGCAAGCCGUGGCUUCAGGCCGGAGCUCAAACAGCUGGAGGCUCGGCACGGAUCCAGAAAGCUCAAGAAAAUCUAGGUGUGCUGAAGGGCAAUCAGAAAAGCCUCCCGAAGGGGCAGAGCGGCCUGGCGGGCUCUCAGGCUGCGGGGGGAUCCCGGGUGAGCAGCCAGCACGCCGCCAAGUGGAGACGGAUGCAGGACAAUAAGAAGGGACGCAACAGGAGGACCCACGAGCUUCAAAGGCCCCCGCGAAGCGUUUGAGGGAAGAAGCACACAGUCAGAAGCACAAUGCCAUCACAUGAACACAUCCACACGUUCGGUUCGGCUGUAAAUCCAGUGACCUCUCCAUGACAACCAAAACAAACCAUCCAAAGCAUAAGAUGACUGAGACAUUGGAAUGGAUUCUGUAAAUGUGUGGUUGCCUGGGAUGCUGCCUGGAAGACACUUCCUGUACAUAAGCUACCAAAAUCAGACUGGGCGUAGGGAGCGGAAGUGUUUGUUUCUCAGCAAAACAAGGACAGCUGAAAGGACAUCCAGCUUUCCUCCUCGACCUGAGCAUGUGAACUUCUGCACAAACUCUGAUUUUCAAGAAUUAUUUCAUCUGUAGAGAUGCAAAAGUGGGACGUGUGCACAACUCGCUCCAGUAAUUUUCCAACAAACAUUAAAAAAAACAUAUAAAAAAAAAAAAAAAGUGCUCCAUCCAAACUCUCUCCACCAAAACUGGGAAAGCAUUGUGCAUGUCAAUCAAUGUUUCAAUAAGCUACUUAUGGAAAAUUCUUUUAAACCUUUCUUUUUUAUUUUAUAAAAAUAUAUUUACUUUUCUCUAUAAAACAAGUCCUUUAUUUUGGGUGCAAAAACUGCAGGCAUCAUAGUUGCCUUCUUUGUGCACAAUUCCCUCUCCUGUUGAGGUCUCUGUGUAACUUAUUGUGCUUUUUUUCUGGGAUUCAGAGUUCUAGCGUUAGCAUAUGCUAAACAGUCUCAGUUGUGUACAUAUAUACAUCAACCCUAACUCUCUGUGUAUAUAAAGUACAUAAACAGUACAAGAACACCACUUGAUUCUUAUUUAUUGCAUCGUUUUGUGAAAGGGUUGCAUUUAUUUUUGAUAUUCUGCUUUUUUUUGGCUCAUCAAUAUGUUUGAUGGACCAUCUUUUGAGGCCACAUCCGCUGCAUAUUUGACAACAAUAAGCACAAUUUAUUAUUUUUUUUAAACACGUCUUCUUCUCAUCCAAAUAGUUUUCAUCCAGUAGAAAUUGUGUAACAUACUUUCCUCCCCCCUGCGCUCUUAAUCUGAAAAACAUUAGUUGUGAAACUGUAAGAAAAUAGUGGAGAAAAAUGUUGGAGGAGAGGACCCAUUAUACUGCAUGUGAAUGCUUUUCUAUCGUCUUUUUACGUGUUUUGUGUGAGAGGUGAAAUCCCCUUAAUUAAACAAAAGGUUAUAUAAAUGACAAAAAAAAAAUCUUUUAAUUUUCUCUCCUUUUUGUCAAAAGCAGUGAUGUUACUCUGGCCAAAGCUUAUUUUUGUCUGAUUCAACACCUUUUCUGUCUCCCUGCUCCUCCGUACACGACAGGUAAUCCCUUAAAUGCAAUAGCAGAUAGUGUUCGACACCACGACGUUUGUCUUUCCCUCAAAGUGAGAAAUAUGAGAGCUGACGGUUACGGAUGCUGUAACGCGGUUCUUCUGGCAUGCAUUCAGUUGUCUAAAUAAACAUCUCUGUUACAAAAAAAACGCUGAA